AUAUGGCAACACUAAGCAAAUGUUUGUUUAUUUAUAAUUACUCCUAUCUUUCUGUCACAAAAACAGGUGAUCUAAGCUCAUUUUAGUUUUAAAUACGUUAUUUAUUUAUUACAUCUCCAUUUUAUUGCCUUUAUUAAAAACUUAUGAACAAAUUUUAAGCUGUUUUCGAAGAAUUAGCAGUUCGUGGUCAUACUCUUAAAAUGGAGGACGAAUAUGUUAUUGAAGAAUUUAGUGAAGAUGAGUACAACUCAUCAAGCUCAGAGGAUGAUGAUAUACAAACAUUUAUUAAAAAAGAAUAUGGUUUAAUAGAAGUUGAAGAUGAUUUUGAAGCAGAAGUUGAUAAAGUAAUGACUGCUCAUUUACAAAAAUUAAAAUCGGAAGAUCCAAGUGAUAUAGCUGAUCCUACUCCUUCCUGUUCAAUUGAAAACGAUAAAACAGAUGACAAGUCUAAAAAGACACAAGCAGAAAUUAAUGAUGAACUUUUUUAUGAUCCAAACAUGGAUGACGAUGAUGAAAAAUGGAUAAAUGACAAGAGGCGAUCAUAUAUUUUCCCAACAAAACAAACUUCAAGUUCGAAAGUAAAGCCUCUACCUAACAGUGAUGCUGUCCUUAAUUGCCCUGCUUGUCUGUCGCUUUUAUGUUUGGAUUGUCAAAGACACGAUAUUUACAAAAGCCAAUACAGAGCCAUGUUCGUCACAAACUGUACAGUAAUUGAGACUGAAACUUUGAAUUAUCCUAAUAAGAAAAAGGCAAAAAAGACAUCGGGUGAAAUGUUUGCAAAGCCGUCUGACGUUUAUAACCCAGUUAAAUGUUCCAUUUGUAAUACAGAAGUUGCUGUGUAUGACACUGAAGAAAUCUAUCAUUUUUUUAAUGUUAUUGCUAGUUAUUAAACAUUUAUUUUCUCUGUAAA